CUUUGGUAUUAAAUGCACUAAUAGUCAGAGCUUCGAUCCAUUUCAGAAAACAAAAACUCCGCGUAUUAGAGGAAAAGAAAAACCGAAAGAAAUGAAAUUAUCGAGAGGAAUUUGCCUAUGACCUUUAAACUAUUCCACCGUAAACGAGUCAGCACCUCGAAAGGUAUAACUCUUACUUGCCAGGGUCUAUCUGUAGAACGGAACCUAAAUCUGACGAUUAAUAGCUUAUCAUGUCUAACUGGUCAGUACAUGGAAAUAUUUCACAAAAUUCAACCAGUCUUGCUGCUUCUGAUUUCCAUUUGGUGCGGAUAUUACAGCUGUUUUUCUACUCCGCUAUAAUCGCCGUAGGCUCCAUCGGAAAUGCGUUGAUCUGCCUCGCAAUCCUCAGUCGCAAAAAGAGAAAAACAAGUGAAUAUUUCAUCCUCAACCUGGCAACAACUGAUUUAUUAACCAGCAUUGUCAGCAUUCCAUUGGAUAUUAUCGAACGCUUAGCCGGUUAUUGGCCAUAUGGCUCGUUUCUUUGUAAGCUAGUGUAUCCUCUUCAGACAAUUCUAAUAUCUGUGUCCGUGGCAACGCUAUUGGCAAUGAGCUUGGAACGACAUCGAGCCAUAAUGCAUCCGCUAAAGCCACGGAUGAAGGGAAGAAAGCCUAUCUUCAUUAUUUGCAUCAUAUGGGUCGGGAGCACAUUACUUGUGUCUCCUUAUAUUUACGUACUCGGUUUCAAUUCAGGAAGCUGUGUCGAGAACUGGCCAGGAGUAAAAUACGUGAAAGCAUACACGAUGUCUGUUUUUGUUGUACUAUACGUUUGUCCACUCUUUGGUAUAACUGUUGCUUAUGUUCAGAUCGGAAGAAGGCUUUACAGAGACAUUAAGACUCUCCAGGUUGUUAUGGCUGAUACCGAGGGAGGUAUGACUGGGCGACAAAUGCUUAAAACGCGGGCUCACCGUAACCUACGCAUCGUGAAAAUCUUCGUGGCGGCUGUCGUUGCGUUUGCAGUAUGCAUGUUGCCAAAUCACGUGAUGUGGGUGUGGAAUGACUUUGGGAGUGGUUCAGACUUCGUGCACUUUUACGACCUGCUGGCUUUUACAAAUAUCUUGGUAUACGCCAACAGCUGUAUUAACCCCUUCAUAUUUGGGACACUGCAGACCAGAUGCACCAGCUGUAAAGAGUUUCUAAGAGGUUCCCAAGACAGAGAUGAUAGCAGUGGGUAUCGGAGAAUGUUCUCUAUGCGAGUCUCAUUUACCAGUUCCUCCAGGCUAAGGACGUUUCUUCGAGGGACGCUGCGAGGUCCACGCUCGAGUCACUUGAUUCUUUCAAGCCGCAGGGGAACUCUCCCCACUACAAGAGUGACGUUAAAAGAACUCCAGCCGCUUGAUGAUAAAACAGAUGCAGAGAGCAAUCUUUAACUAUUUUACCUUAAAAUAGACCAAAAAGAAAUUUCUCGAUUCUCUUUUUCAUCAUCGAGCUUAAAACUCACGAUCUUUCUCAUUCUAUCAAGUCAUACGAGGCUUUUGACAUUGCCGUUUCUAUCAAUGUGCAGUACUUGGGUCAAAAGGUAAAUAAACCCAAGUAUGGCCCAACUUACUAAAGAGGCUCUAUGGCUUAGUGGUAGAGCAUCGCAGCACAGAAUCUGAGUUUCUAAAGUUUGAUUUCUCAUGGGGACUCAGAAUUGUUUCUCUGUAGCAUGCUUGAGAAGAAAAUCUUCCUUUUAUUUAUGUAAUUUCUUCCAACAGAAUACCAGACUGGUGAAGAGAACACAAAAGAUAUUGACCAGUUGUUUAUUACUUUAUCAAAAUUGCUAGGGAAGUCUUUGCAUUAGUUCAAGUUUCACCUUUAAGUUUGAAAUAUAAUAGAAAUGAUAAUGAUGAUAAUAUUAUACUGAAAUGUAGGCUUUGUUUGCUUGGGUUGAAAAUCAUUUAUUAAAGAAUAAGAUAUUGUAGCGCUUGACUAAGCUUCUGCUAAAAGAGUAAUUUGUGUGAUUUUAGUAAUAUUUAAUCCUUCGCACCGUAACAUCAUCAGGCACAUUGUUGAUACUGUUCUCAAUACUUUUCCUACGGUGAUGACAGGAAGAAUUUAUUCAACGAUGAAGAACUUCUAUAGCUGAUGAUCAUUUACUUUACCGUAAUGAUUCGAUUUAGCGCCUUCUUCCAAUAAGCGCCCCCUUCGAAUGUGUUUUUGUCAAUAUGCGCCCCUAUUCCAUUAACGCCCCUAUUCCAUCAACGCCCCCAUUCUAAUAAGCACCCCGGCCCCGUUCUGAUAAUUGACACAAGUGACACUGAAGUCAACGAUGUUGAAUAGAUAAACUCAUGGACAUUUACCGUACCUUACAUGUAUAUUUGUUACUGCAAAAAUAAACAAUUCUUUUAAAAGUAACUGAACUUUCAACGAUCGAUCUCUUACUGUUACAGUUUCUGGUAUUGUUAGUUAUCCUAAUCUUUAAUAAAGCUUUGUUUUGACUAUUUGGUUGUU